ACUUUGUUUACAAGCCGCGCUACUCCAGUCGUCCUGCAAACCCACACAAACAGAGAGAGGUAGACACGCAGGUGGAAUGUUAGGAAAGUGGCAGGUGCGGGGCUGUUUUAGUACAAAUAAGCCCUGAGGCAAACCGUAACAACUAAGGGAACCUUCUCCGUCCUGUGGGUAUGAAAAAUACGCGCCCUGCGAUGCAGCGAGGAAACGAAAGUCCUCAGCGCAGCCUGUAGGACCUGCCCACAGCUCCACGCUCGUCCUGCUGUGAACAAGGUGAAGUAAGAGGCAGUGCAGCAACAGCAGGAGCCGCUUUUACGAGCAGCUCUGUGCACUAGCAGCAGAGUACAGGAGCGUGUGCAGUCACCAAGGUGAGUUCCGCUGAGAUUGACGUCUCCUCUUCAGGGGAAAAGUGACCAACACAGCGGAAAACGCUGUGCCCUCAAGAAGAGUUAACACACACAGAAGAUGUAAACUUUUUAAAGCCUAUAUAUAGGCUAUUCCAGCCCUCAUGGCUCUGUAGACCUCUUGAAGCUCUUCGAUGAGCCAAGGUGGAGAAAAGCGAUGGAGGAAAAGACUCGGAACAUGGCCGGAUUUGUCUCCUGGAUAAGUGGGCUCUGCAUGAUCCUGGGCUCAGCCUCGUCUCCAGCACCCACUGUUACACACUGUGAACUCUUGGAGCAUGCAAACAUCACCUGUUACUGGACGGCGGUCAGUUCGGAGGGUACCAGCUACAAGCUGUCAGUCAACAUGACGUAUUGUUUGAAUUACACAAAUUACAUGCCCAUGGGCUCCUGCUACACAACACGCACUCAUUGUUCAGUGAACAUUGGGUCGGUGUCUCACUGCUUCUGUGUGGAUGUGCUGGCAUCUUCUCCAUCUGAAACUGCUAGAUCAGCUCGUCACUGCCUCAUUGGGAUCAAUGAAGUUAAGAUGUAUCCUCCGCGGAUCACAAAACUUGUUAUGAUACCAAUGAAAGCCCACUGUCUGAAGCUGGAGUGGACUGAAGACAUCUACUUGCAAUCUGAAAAGGACCAUAGCAUCCUACAGAUAGAGUACAACACUCCUCAUCAGGACCGGUCCUGGACAGUCAGCACAGCCCUUCACAACUGGCAGAUGGAGUUAUGUGGGUUAUAUCCAGGUACCCAGCACUACGUGAGGGUCCGAGCACAGAACAGUAGAGCCCCCAAGCACUGGAGCUCCUGGAGCGCUGUCCGAGAAGCCACCACAGCAGAGGCUGCCCCAUCAACUGCCCCGGAGCUAUGGAGACACAUCCAGCCAGUAGAUGAGAGAGGACAGAGACACAUCACUUUGCUUUGGAAGCCUCUCCUGUGGCCUGACAGUAAUGGUGUAAUUCAGCACUAUUCUGCAUCGUGCUGGAGUGACCUGGACCGGUCGCACUGGGACUGUCAUCAUCUGGACUCGUCCAGCAUGUCCUGCAUCCUUCAUGUUUCUGCCCAUCCCUGUACCUGCAACCUGACUGCAUCCAACUCUGCUGGCACAUCACCAUCGGCUCAUGUACGCAUACCUGGAGAUGGAGGGGCAGUGCUCCCACCUCCUGCAGACAUCAGAGUCACCCCACUGGACGACUUCCAGCUGAAGGUGGACUGGACAGCAGCAGUAGACCAAUCAGAGGCCAGCUUUGUGGUAGAGUGGUUUCCCAUACCUAACAACACAGCUGACGAUUUAUAUUGGAAAAUCUUGAAUGGGUCUGCAAGGAGCUUUGUUGUCGCAGAUGGAAUACUUCCUGAGGUCCCCUAUAAUGUUUCUGUUCGGAUCCUUUACAGAAAGGCAGUUGGAUUUGCAAGAUUCGCCGUUGCCUUUACUAGACAAGGAGCGCCCUCCGUUGGCCCAACUGUGGAAGUGCUGCAAAUAGCAAGCAACCAUGUGACUCUGAAGUGGGAAGCUGUUCCUUUGGAGAAGCUGCGUGGAUUCAUCCAAAACUACACAAUCCUAUAUAAAACCAACGGCAAAGUGAAAUCUCGAGUGCUUGGGGGCCACGUUAAGGAGUAUUCUCUGAGUGGUCUGUCGGCUGGAGAGUACGCCAUCUGUGUGAAGGCCCACACUGAGGCAGGGGGCGCUGCAGGCCCAUGGGUGACUGUGGCUGUGGGUAAUGAUUACUUUCAGUUGGUGGCCAUACUGUUGUGCGCUGUUGGCACUUUGUUGGUUUUAGUAAUCUUGCUAAGCCAGGUUGAAAGGAUUCAACAGCGCCUCUGUCCUGCUGUCCCUGACCCCUCUAAAAGCAGCCUGUCCACCUGGCCACCUGUUUCUCAAAGUCAGCAUAAGCUAACAGUCUUGGACUUCAAACCAUCCCCCUCUCUCUUUGAACUCAUCUAUGUGGGAGGAAAGUCCGGCCAUUGGGAUCACCACCACCAAAACCACAGCCAAGUCUCUGCUUUAAGCUACCAGGCUGUACCAAUCAAGUCAGCCAGCCAUGAAAGCAAAUCCCUUGCCAUCUUUGAAAGGCCAGUUGCAGCCAACCCGGACAAGCGAGAGGCUGAACAACCACUCAGUGAACCGAAUGCUGAAGAUUUGAGUGACCAUCUAACUGCUGACCUCGACUAUAAGGGUGAAGUGGUGACAGCGCUGCCGUCCUGCCUCCAAACUCAAGUAUCUUUUAGUUAUCCGACAGUCUCUGAGUCCUAUCUUGGAAUGGAUGUAGUGGGCUCACCUUUAUGUAGGGUCUGUGUGUCAAGAUUUGACUCUUGUUCUCAAAUCCAUGUAUCAUCUAGAUGUUCAUCAGAUCCUGAGUCCUUUCUUGGAGUGGAUGCAGUUGACCUUGUCUAUAAAAGGAACUUUAAGUCAAGAUUAGAGUCCACUUGCUGUCCUUUUGUGUCUACUAGUUAUCUUCCAGUCCCUGAUUCCUAUGCCAAUAUUGGAGUGGAGGCCGAAGAUUCAACUAAUCUUAUCCAGAGAAGUAACCACUUGUCUGGACUGGAGCCCUGUUGUUACACCCAUGUAUCUACUACUUACCUCCCAGUCCCCAAGCCUUCUCUAGCCUAUGCGGAUUUUGUGAUGGAAACGGUGGACACAACUGAGCAUCUCCAUCAAAGUAGCCUCAUGUCAAAAAUGCAAUCCAAUUCUUACACUUGCGUACCUUUGGGAACGAAGGCAGUAGAAUCAUCUAGCAACCAACGAGUAUGUCAGUCUUCACCCGUAUGUACAAAUUUAAAAAUGGUGGACACGUAUAGGCUUUUGGGCCCUGAUGAGCGUCCACGCCUGUUGCCGUUUUCAUUACAGAAACACAGCACUGGGGAUGCAUCAGAUUUGGUAGGGUUGUGAAAAUGAACAGCUCACAGUCACAGGGACUGUAGCUGAUCUGAUUGCAGAGCAUAGAUGAGACAUUGACAGCACACCUCAGUUAUAUCAGGUGUUUCACUAAGCGUUAUUGCAUGAAAGUGGUGCAUGCUCCAGUUGCAUUCCUGGGGUACUCAAUGGACACUUGGCUUUUAUUUGCCAUCAGUCAGCAACUGAUGAACUGAUGAAUGUCUCUGAUCAGAUCAGACUUUGAUGAGGUGCCAAACUGUAGCACUGACACAUGAGUGAUCUGUCAUUUGUAUGGGGGUAGGGUUGGGCGGUAUAACAGCAACAAGGUAUACCUCAGUUAGAGGUCUGUAUUCCCGGCGAUUCCCGGAGCGGGCUGGAUACCAGCCCACUGUAGGCGGGAGUGGAUCUGAGGCAUGCAUGAAGAGAAAUCCCACAAAUUAAUGAAUAGCCUAAAAUAAAGUAGAAUGAUCACUAAAUCAUGUAUAUAUAAACAAUAUAAAAUGAUAACGGUAAAAGAGUUAAAUUGAAUAAAUUGAUAGUCAUUCUAAGGAGUUGCGAAGCAGCUGAUCAUGUGAACAGCACACAGAUUCUCGUAGCUUACAGAGAUGGCAGAGCCUUCAGUCCGACGGCCACAGCUAGUGGGUCCAGCAAAACACCAAAAAUAACCAUUCUGUGGUUUAAUUCCUGCUUUGUAUUUACUGGGAAUAAAUGUUGACGGAACUGCAUGGGUGGGAGCAGGUAAAAUUGUUUCGGUUGUGUGCAGGAGCUGGGCGAAUGAUUCCUUUUGUUGGUUGCAGGUGGGAUUGAAAAAGACAGACCUCUAACCUCGCUAUUUAAAAAUCAUGCCAGUAAUUUUUAUUUUAGAGGAGCUCACUGAUUGGUGGAGUGGGAGCUCACCAAUAGGUGGCGCUGACAGAAAGAGGGGGAAAAUCAGAGCCAGGAAAAACCUCAGAAAAACUGAGCAUGAUAGUAGCUCACACACCGCAGAUUUCUGCUUUAAUGCUAGCACCAGUCACUCUAAUUUGCGCUCUCAGAUGUGCUUUAAACAGGUGUCAGUUUAUCAUCAGUUUGCUGUAACUGUGUGGCACAUUUGGCCUGCUAACUAUUGCUGCAUUUGACUUGGCUCAGCUGUGGGAAGACGGAGCUCAGAAUUGCAUUCAAGCUACAAAGUAGGAAGAACAAGAAUGAAAGCGAAUAUUGUUACCAACAAGCUAAUCAGCUAAUAGUAGUGAUAUGAGUGAUAGCUUCAAUGUCCGUGAUGUAUUUACCUUCUCAAAACAGCAAACCUUAUGGUCAGUGUUGUAGUUCAACCAAGUACUGUGUCUGUAGGUUCACUGGUCUAAAGCAAAUCUCAUUUAAAAGUACAGAAGAGGUUAUUUAUUACUAUUGACAAUGUGAGCGGCCUUGUUGAUUUGACGUCAUAUGGAGGUCGGAGAACACCAUCUCCACUUUCCAAAUAGGAAGUGCCAGUUGGCAGAGAAAUAGCCAGAGGGUGUUUUCUUCCAAGCUAUAGAAAAUCUUAUAGAAAAGCUUCAGUCGAACGCAGCAUAAGCCAGUGUUGCCAAGUACUUUCAAUGGAAAGUAGCUAAAGCCUGCUCGAAAAGAUGCUAAAUGUCGCUAGAUGGCAUCAUGUGCUAAUUAGCAUAUCUGUGACGUCUUCACGUCAUAUUUGCAUUUUGCCUAGUGUCAGAUGGUGUCAGCCCUUUACAUCUUUGCAGUUGCUUCUCUGCUCUUUUCUGUGCUCACAUGUACUGUAUUUUAAUACAGUCGAAUGUCCAAUAAAGCUGUUCUCAUUUUACAUCAUGA